AUGUCUAAUCCUGAGGACGACUUUGCCAGCAACAUUGACGAGCAGUUGUUGUCCAGCGUUGACCCCCAUGGAAAAUUGAAGUUGGAGGAGAUUGCUCAUGCUGCUGCAGUUGUCAAUAGCUCCAAACACCAGCUGACCUUGGGCCAGUUUGAUCCCUCCAUAGACCAGCAACUGCAACAGCAGCCAAAGACGCAGAGACAGAAGCGGAGUAGAAGGCCUAGCAAAGCCAAGCAACAGCAGGUUGAGCUUAGUGAUGACGAGUUUCGAAACUUUCAAUUGCAACAGCAGCAGCUGCAGCUGCAGCUGCAGCAGCACCAACAACAACAUCCACAUCAACAACAUCAUCAUCACCAACUACAACAACAACAGCAGCACCAGCACCAGCAUCACCACCACUUGCAGCACCAGCACCAGCAACAACACGCUCAACAACAGGCAGACCAUGAUUACAGUAGACAACAGCAGCACCAGCAACAGCAUGCUCAACAGCAAGCGGCCGCUGCCGCGGCCGUGGCUGCUGCUGCCGCGGGCAUCAACAACUACACCCACCCACACCACCAGCAGCAGCAGCAAAUGCAGUCUCAACCUUCGCUUCCCGAGUUGCAAGCAAAAGUGGACAUGUCCGAGUACAACAUCCAGAUCCCCGACCCCAUCGUGGACUCUAAGCUGAGAAUCUUCCCCGUGACGGAAAACACCAUCACUGCCGAGGGCAACUUGAUUACGCGCCCUUACCCCGAGCAAACCUUCAGCAACCGUGAUGAUUUGAAUGAGUUUAUCGCCGAGUUUGCCAGAGACAAUGGCUUUGGUGUCGUGAUUGCCCAUUCCAACAAGAAAGCCAUAUAUUACACGUGCGAGUUGGGCGGUCGUUAUCGCCAUAAAAAGACCAAGAAGAUUGACGUGACAAAGCAAGUUGACGUUGGCGACGGAUACAUGUUGGAUCCAGAUACCAAGACCAAGAAGUUGAAGUGCCCCUUUUCCAUGACGGCGUCGUAUAAGAAGUCGACGGGGAUGUGGACGUUGCGAACCACUUGUAAUGAACAUAAUCAUCCGCAAUUGGACCCGUUGAUGAACCACCCGAUGCUUCGCAAACGCAGCGAUGAGCUCAAUUUGGUCAUUUUGGAGUUGUACAAGUUGGGCACCAAGCCGUCUCAUAUCGAAUCCAAGAUUAGGAACCAAUACCCUGAUGUCUUGAUUAAAAGAGAAGACAUCUAUAAUGAGAUUAGAGGAUACAAGAGGAAGCUAAAGAAACAGCAAUCGAGAUUUGGGUUUAAUAACCCGUCAAGGAUUGCCAAUGCUGCGUAUAGGAAAAAGGCGGCUCAACAAGCGGCUGCUGCUGCUGCUGCUGCCGCCGCCGCUGCUGCUGCUGCCGGUGUCCCCGAUCCAAUGAAUGGCGUCAAUGCCAAUCAAUCUAUCCCAGGGGUUCAGAAUAACAAUGACGCAGCAGACGCAGUAGCUGCCGUUGCUGCCGCCGCUAGCGCUAAUGCCUUUUUGCAAAGCGACGGCCAAGACAUUUCGUAUGAUCCGUACCAACACCAAGCUCAACAACAGCAGCAGCACAAUCAUCAACAUCAACAUCAACUCCAACAUCAACAUCAACAUCAACAACACCAGCUUUCUCAGCCUCCAUCCCAUCAGCAACAACUCCAGAAUCCGCAGUCACGUGGCAGCCAUCACCAACAACAACAACACCAACAAACACAUCAGAAACAACAGCAACAGCAACAGCAGGUGCAAGUGCAGACUACCCAACAGCAGCAACAACGCGAACAAGAAGAAUUUCAACGCCAAUUCGUAGCAGCGACACAAGCACAACAACAUCAAUUAGACGAGUCGCAGUACCAGCACUACCAGCAACAUUUGCAGGACCACGGCUUGCAGAACGACGAUGGCUCCGCUGCGGCUGCCAUUGCCGCUGUGGCGAACGCGGCGCGCCAGCAUCAUUAUUCCGAGAAUGCCGAUUUGUCGAUGGACAAUAUCGAUAGUCGCUUAGUUGGCGAGUGA